UUUUUUUUUUUAUUAAUUUUUUUCUGGGAGAGAUGCAGAGCUGCGCCAAGUCCUGGGGCCGGGUCUUCUUGACCAAGUCGGUGACUCCCAGCGCCCCGUGCCGGCGUCUGAGCGAGCAGAGCGGCGUGGUUUGGAAACUUCCGAGCAGGGUCCGGCACCGCUCAGCGGCAGCGUCCCUAACAACAGCAGCAGCAGCCCGGGCUCUCAGGACGUCCGCAGCCGCCUCCUCCAGGCGGAUAGAGAGGAUUUUACCCAGACACGAUGACUUCGCGGAGCGGCACAUCGGUCCAGGUGAGCGGGAAAAGAGAGAAAUGCUGGAUGCUCUGGGACUGGAGUCAGUCGACCAACUGAUAGAAAACACAGUUCCAGCCUCCAUCCGGAUUCAGCGGAGUUUGAAGAUGGAUGAUCCGAUUUGUGAAAAUGAGGUUCUGGAGGCUCUGCAGAAGAUCGCAUCAAAGAAUAAAAUUUGGAGGUCCUACAUUGGGAUGGGCUACUACAACUGCUCUGUCCCACCACCCAUCCAGCGUAACCUGCUGGAGAAUGCUGGCUGGGUGACUCAGUACACGCCUUACCAGCCUGAGGUCUCCCAGGGUCGCCUGGAGUCUCUACUCAAUUAUCAGACCAUGAUCUGUGACAUCACAGGCAUGCCUGUGGCCAACGCUUCGCUGCUCGAUGAAGGAACAGCUGCUGCUGAGGCCAUGCAGCUCUGCCACAGACAGAACAAAAGACGGACAUUUUACAUUGACCCACGUUGCCAUCCCCAGACCAUUGCCGUGGUGCAGACCAGAGCCAACUACAUUGGUGUGAAAACUGUGCUGAAGCUGCCUCACGAGGUAGACUUCAGUGGGAAGGAUGUGAGUGGCAUCCUCUUUCAGUAUCCAGACACUGACGGGAGGGUGGAGGACUUCACUGCCCUCGUAGACCGUGCGCACAAGGGAGGGGCCAUGGCUUGCUGCGCCACAGAUCUGCUCGCCCUCUGCGUGCUGCGGCCCCCAGGAGAGUUCGGGGUCGACAUCGCGCUGGGCAGCUCCCAGAGGUUCGGAGUCCCCCUUUGCUAUGGCGGCCCACACGCUGCCUUUUUCGCCGUCAAAGACAACCUGGUCCGGAUGAUGCCUGGCAGAAUGGUUGGCGUCACCAGGGAUGCAGCUGGUAAGGAAGUGUAUCGUCUCGCACUGCAGACCAGAGAGCAACAUAUUCGGAGAGACAAGGCAACCAGCAACAUUUGCACUGCACAGGCUCUACUGGCCAACAUGGCGGCCAUGUACGCUCUGUAUCAUGGUCCUCAGGGUCUCCAACACAUCGCUGAGAGGACACACAACGCUGCUCUGAUCCUUGCAGAAGGUCUGAAGAGAGCAGGCCACCGGCUGCACAGCGACAUGUUCUUCGACACUCUGAAGGUGAACUGUAGCGUGGCCGCAAAAGACAUCCUGGAGAGAGCCGUGCAGAGGCAGAUAAACCUGCGAGUCUUCUCCGAGGGAGUGCUGGGCGUCUCUCUGGACGAGACGGUGACAGAGAGGGACUUGGACGAUCUGCUCUGGGUCUUCGGCUGUGAAUCUUCAGCUGAGCUGAUUGCUGAAAAGAUGGGCGAGCGAGUGAAGGGGAUUAUGGGAAGUCCUUUCAAGAGGACGAGCAAGUUCCUCACACACCAGGUCUUCAACAGUUACCACUCAGAGACCAACAUUGUUCGGUACAUGAAGCGUCUGGAGAACAAGGACAUUUCUCUGGUGCACAGCAUGAUACCACUGGGCUCCUGCACCAUGAAGCUAAACAGUUCAUCUGAGCUCAUGCCAAUCACUUGGAGGGAGUUUGCCAACAUCCACCCGUUUGUGCCUCUGGACCAGGCAGAGGGCUACCAGAAGCUUUUCAGGCAGCUGGAGAAGGAUCUGUGCGAGGUGACGGGCUACGACAAGAUCUCCUUCCAGCCCAACAGCGGCGCUCAGGGAGAAUAUGCCGGCCUGGCUGCCAUAAAAGCCUACCUGAACUCCAAGGGAGAGGGCUCAAGGAGCGUCUGCCUGAUCCCCAAAUCUGCCCACGGCACCAACCCAGCGAGCGCUCAGAUGGCGGGCAUGAAGGUUCAGGUGGUGGAGGUGGACAAAGACGGCAACAUCGACCUGCCACACCUGAAGACACUGGUGGACAAACACAAGGCGAGCCUGGCAGCCAUUAUGAUCACCUACCCGUCUACGUUUGGUGUCUUUGAGGAGAAUGUCCGAGACGUUUGUGACCUCAUUCAUGAAAACGGCGGCCAGGUGUACUUGGAUGGUGCCAACAUGAACGCCCAGGUGGGUUUGUGUCGUCCUGGAGAUUAUGGUUCCGAUGUGUCUCACCUGAACCUGCACAAAACCUUCUGCAUCCCUCAUGGGGGAGGAGGACCUGGCAUGGGACCCAUCGGAGUGAAGGCCCACCUCGCCCCCUUCCUGCCGAGCCACCCGGUGGUGGCCAUGCAGUCGGUGAACAGCAGCAGCUCACUGGGCACCAUCAGCGCCGCUCCGUGGGGCUCCAGCGCCAUCCUGCCGAUCUCGUGGGCUUACAUCAAGAUGAUGGGAUCCAAGGGACUGACUCACGCCACAGAAGUGGCCGUCCUCAACGCCAACUACAUGGCCAAGAGGCUGGAAGGUCACUAUAAAAUCCUCUUCAGAGGCAGGAAAGGUUUUGUUGCGCACGAGUUCAUUCUUGACGUGAGGCCRUUUAAGAAGUCCGCCAACAUCGAGGCAGUUGACGUGGCCAAGAGACUGCAGGAUUACGGUUUUCACGCACCCACCAUGUCGUGGCCGGUGGCCGGCACGCUUAUGAUCGAACCCACCGAGUCGGAGGACAAGGCUGAGAUGGAUCGAUUCUGCGACGCCCUGCUCGGAAUCCGACAGGAGAUCACGGACAUCGAGGAGGGAAGGAUGGACUCGCGCAUCAACCCGCUCAAGAUGGCUCCUCACUCGCUGGCAUGUGUCUCCUCCUCAAACUGGGACAGACCAUACUCCAGAGAGUACGCCGCAUUCCCCUUGCCUUUCAUCAGACCCGAGACCAAAUUCUGGCCCACCAUCUCCAGGAUUGACGACAUCUACGGCGACCAGAAUCUCGUGUGCACCUGCCCGCCCAUGGAAGUCUAUGAGUCCCCGUAUGAGGAGAAGAGGGCCUCCUCCUAGACUUUUUUUUUUUUUUUUUGUUGCUCCGUCCCAACGUCCAACCUGCGCUCAAAGCGCUAAAAACCUCCCAGGCUUUCACUGCCGGUGAACUCUGUGUAAAUAUAAAAUCACAUCAGUUGGAUCRUUUAUUAGCUCUGUAUUAAUUGUGGUUAAAUCAGCUACGAGCAACAAUCCUGGUCUUGUCUGAGGGGUGGACGUUGGGACUGAGUUCUCUCUCUCUCACCAGGGUUGGGGGGCAGGGCUCACCCCAACUUAAACUAUUCCAACAGAACUAUUUUUUUCUGCUUUGAAAAGCCACACCCCCGGCAAAUAAACUUCAAAAAUCCAUUUUGAUCCCCAACAUUUAUAGUCCCCCCCCMUCCUCUGUUUUCCUGUAAAAUAACUGCCUUUUCCGUUUUUAGACCCAGAUUCCUGACAAAUGUUUUAGUUCUCGUAGGCUUUUGUUAAUAUUUGUCUCAUUUGAAGCUGUCCAUGUGAUUUCUGUGAAUCGAGGAUAGUUGUAAUUUUAAGRAACUGUUUUCUAAUCUAAAUAGUUUUCUAUGUUGGAAAAAUGUCUGUAUUAAACGUUUGUCUUUA